AUGGUUGGCAACUUCCGCUGUUUCAGCAUGCAUUCACACAAGCUCACUUCGCCAAUGGCAUUUGAUUGGCGACUGGCAAAGCUCACACGCAGGCAGCGAACGGCCAUCUAUAUCUGCCACUUUCCGCAGCUUCUUUUCCUGUUCUCUCACCACAAUUACCAACACACUACCAACAACAUUCCCAAGACAGUCACAGCACCACCCGUUCUUCAACAUCCCCACUACAAGAUCACCAUCCAAGCACCCAAUAUGGCUGACAAGCAAGCGAACCAGACAUUCUCAUUCGAGAUCGUGAGCUGUUUGCUUGCUGCGCUUUCGGAGUCUGGCGCAACCGUUGGUGCGAAGCACUAUGCGAUGAUGGCGAAGAUCGAUGGCACCAAGAGCCAGUCCGGCUACGAGCACAUGUUCCGUGCAGUCAAGGCUCGCGCGAAGGAGAUCAAUCAGCAGAAUGCCAAUGGAGGCGGCGAGAAUGGCACUCCUGUUAAGAAGACCAAGAGCGCUGCCAGCACACCCGCAAGCAAGCGGAAGCGCGGCAAGAAAGCGGCCGGAGAAGAUGAGGGCGAUGAUGCGGAGCUUGAUACGAAGAAGACCAAGGUCAAGGAGGAGAAGAACGACGAUUCGGGCGAUGAGCUGUGA